AUGAUCAUCAUGCCUAAGGUACAUAAGUGCACGACAUACGACACGACAAGUGGGGUGACGCCUUACCUCCUCUCGAAGAAACAAAUCAGCUACACACAACACAACAGCAGAAACGUGAACUCGAAGAAUGCCUACCUGUACGAUUUGUACAGAUCUUUGGAAAACUGUAAAAAUGCAAGUACCCUCGUCAAAAUAAAGCACAGCAAAAUAUUCGAGCUAAUAGCCAAGCAGAUACCCACGGUCAAAAUUACGGAUGACGAACUGAAGAGCAUAAAGCGGAGCUUCGACCAACUCGGCUACUCCUGUGAAACCCUGGACAAAUACAUCCAGUACAGGCUGUCCUAG